AUGCCACCUGCCAACUCAUCAACUCCUCAAAACAUAUCAAGUGAACGCUGUUCAGUAGUAAACAGGAAGAAUAAAUCUUCCUCUUCUCCUUCUGAACAACACAUGACACAACAUGCCACUAAUCAAGUUCAGCAAAAUUUGAAUGGUAAUUGGAUGACAGAUGUGAGUUCAGAUAAACAACAACACAUGUACCAUUCUGAGGACUAUGCAAAUAAUCAAAGUGUAAAGUAUAGUCUGUCAACAACAACAAUAGGUUUUGGUUCACAUGAAGUGACAUGUGGCAGCAACUCUUCACAUCCUCCAAAGAAGAAAUACAAAUUUAAAAACAAUGAAUUGGUGGCAUUCCAACAAUCCACAGAUGCGAAAAAGACAUCAUCUCAAAAACAUGCCACAUGUCAUCAACAUUAUGUUAUUACAAGUCAAAAAUCACUUGACUUGGACGACUAUUCACAAGAUUAUAUGCAACAUGCACCUUUUAAACUCAUGGAUCUCAAUGAAAAGACACUCCAUUCCACAACAAUCAUUCAAAUUAAUCAAAAUGACUUGAAUCGACGAUUGACAACUUUAAAACGAGGAGCAGAUUCAAUUUCAAAGGAAGAUAUUCUUAGAGUUUUGCAUUUGAAUCAACAACAAGCUAGUUCUAGAUUGGGAUGUAGUGUUUCGACUCUGAAAAGAAGAUUUUAUGCUUUGCGUGGAGAGCUAGGUCUGACAAAGUGGCCAAAUAAUUAUAUUGACAGCUGUCAGGACAAUACAAAGCUGUUCAAGCAAAUUUAUCCACUAUCAUUGGAUUAUAUUUUGAAUUCUGAUUGA